UCUCGUUGGUGUGUGGUCUAUGUUUCUCUUUGUCUGAACUCACUGCAAAUAAUGUUUUUUUUUUCUCAUCAUUAGGCAUUAUAAACGCGCGCCAACUAUUACAUUUAUUAAUACUACUAAUACCAGUUUUGGACGGCGGCUUUUGGUUUGUUGUUGUACUGUAGUUCCGUCAUUUUUCACUUUCUGCACUGCAGUGACGUCACCCCUCUUCAUCAUUCCAGUCGGAAACGCAGCUCACCUUCAGGGGGUUGUUGGCUGCUGGAGCGGGCGAGUUUAUCCCAACAACAUCAGCGCUGCGUGGGUAGGACUGGAGGCAGGCGGAAGGCUGGCAUCAGCAGCUUUUCAACAGGCAGUGUCUGCUGAGUGAGAACAUGGCGAGCCCUGGCAAGGAGACAGAGCCUGUGCAACAUGCAGGGACUGGCACCAGUGUAGAGGCUUCUUUGGAGUCAAGCGUGAUGCUGAGCGAAGAGAGACAAGCUGGAGUCGGGGCGGAGGAGGAGGAAGAAGUGCAAGGGGAUGCUGUUAGAUUCAGCAACCAGGCCCAGAAUGACAUCUCACUCCUGAACAGAAUCACUGACGUUUUAAGCUGGCAGAGGCCCUUUGUUAGUGCAAGUCUGUUUAUCUGCUCAAAUGCAGCCUUCUGGUUUACAAUUAUGACAUCAUGGAGUGUGUUCUAUCUAAUGUCUUUGGGCUUGCUUUGGAUUAUAGUAAUGCAAAUGAUAAAGGAUUUGAUCUUAUCUAGAAAAAGAGGUGCACAGCUAUGGAGAUAUAUCACUAGACGUUGGGACAUGAUCAGUUCGAAGCCCUACGACAGGCCUGGUCUAAGCCAUGGUGCUGGAGAAUCCUGGCAAAAAUACAGUUUGUUUCUACAGGAGAUGUCACUGUUCAAGCAACAAAAUCCUGGCAAGUUCUGCCUACUUGUAUGUAGCUUGUGUGCAUUUUUUGCAAUUAUUGGAAGGUACAUUCCUGGUGUUGUGCUCUCCUAUUGUAUAUUGUUAUGUGCGUUUAUAUGUCCUUUGUUAAAAUGUAAUGACGUGGGGCAGAAGAUAAGUAACAGAUUGAAGACAUUUCUCCUGAAGCUGGAUUUUGGCUUUAGAGACUACAUUGCAAGAAAAAGAAGAGACAGAUUAGAAAAAGCAGAAAUAAAGCAUUCAGAAGACAACAGUGAAGCUGAUAUAUCGGCACUUUGUCCUAAGAUCAGCCCCAGUGUUGCUGCCAGGGAGAUGUCUGUAUCUGACACAGAGCCAUCAGAGCCUUCUUGGACUGAAAAUGGAACAUUUAAUUUGUCCGAAGGGCAUACACCCCAGACAGACACUUCUGAUGACUUGGAUCGCCCCAGUGACCAAGAAGAGUUAUUUGCUCAAGGCCUUGCAGAAUUCCCUUCUUUAGACAAUGGCAAUGGAACAAAUGAUGACGACUCUAGCAUUGGCAUCCCUACCCCACCAGUUCAGAGUGAUGAGAUGGAAUAUCAAGUAUUUGAUCUUCAGAAAAGGCCAUCUCCUGGUGGGCUAUCCUUACCUCUCACCAGCAGUCAGACCGUCAAUAUAGUCCGCGCUGUGGCUGGAGAUGCUAUCGCUGCUGCAGUAUCGGCUGCACUGAAAGGAAAACUGCAACCCACUCACCAACUUACCAUGCAGCCUGGCCUCUACACAAGUGAAGAAACAGACACAGAAGAAGCUGACGACUUUGAACUGCUUGACCAGUCAGAGCUAGAACAGAGUGAAAGUGAACUGGAAAUUGCCCAAAGUAAAGAAGCUCAGCACAAAGAGAAGGAAAAGGCAUCAGGUUUUCUGUCAAAUUUGCUGGGAAGUGAUUAACCCAGGAUAUGUUUAUAAAGACUGAGGGGGGUGGGGCUUAACAUACAUGAGAACAUUUGCAUAUCACCCUAUUGCUGAAGAGUGUAAUCUUUGUCCUUAUAGUCGGGCAGUAGAUACCUAUAAUUUUACAACUUCAUAGUUUAAUGCCUUGAAGUAAAAGCAUGUCAGCAACAUUUACUGUUUAGUUCAUUGAUGGAUGUUCCAUAUUUAGCUCUUCAGCUGACCACAGACUGAAACUUGCCAACUCAAAAGAUUUUAAAACUUACAUUGUAGAUCAACAAAAUGGUAAAAAAUUUAUGACAAUCAAACUAGCCAUAUCACUUUCACCACUAGUUCCAGUGCAUGAAAAUUCUGAGUCAUAAACUAACAGCCAUAUAGCUUUAAUGAUUAUAAUAUGCAGUUUACCUCUAGCUGGUUAUCAGCAAGUAUUGUGUAAUCAAAACUAAUUUAUUAGCAGUUACCUUUUUUGUAAGAAAAUGUGUUUUGUGAGUUUUUUUUUUUUUUUUGGGAGGGGGACGGGUAGGUAUGUUCUGUAAGCAGUCAAAUCUCUAACUGCUUUUGGAACCUUAAUGUCUUGAUGUGAAAAUCUCAUAUGGCACACAUGCUGGAUAAGUAAUUUUAUAGAAAAGUGUUUCUUUUAUUACUUUUAUUUUACCACUGUGUUAGUCUGAACUUUACAGGUAUCUCCAAGACAAAAAAAUUGCAAGUGAUUAUGGACUUUUAGUGUAAUAGUAAUAUUCAAGACAUGUAGUUUAAUAUUUUUACAUUAUAGCUCAGUGCAUUUUUAACAAAACCAUGUGCACAUUUUUUUUAAUUAUGUCUCUGUAGCUGUGUUAUUCUUGUCUUCACUCAUGUUUGGUAAAUGCACUUUAAUGCUAUGUUUGGAACCUCAAAUUUCUGCUUUUGUCAAUCUUCUUGCCAUGCUCUUAGACAUUUGUUAAUAUGAGGACGUUAUCAUAUGUGUUGCACUUAACUGGCCUUUUUUUUUGUAGGUGCCAAAAUGUUUGUUGCUUUGCAGUCUUUCUUAAAGCACCUUAGAAAAUAAAUGUGCCACUGUUAAUCUACAAA